UUCAUUUUAACUACAUUGUUGAGACGGUGCAAUAAGUUAGAGCGAGACAAAAUAUACUUGUCUCAUGCUAAUUUAUUGCACCAGCUCAGCAAUACAGCUAAAAUAGAACAGACUACUUCGCUUAGCCUGCAAAUGGUGUGGAGAGUUUGCGGUUAAGUGGCUCAAAGCUAUAAAUGAGUAAAGUGAGGUGAAGCGAAGCUCCUGUGUUUUAUUUACAAAAUUGAGCGUCAAAUUUUUACUUCAUGAUGGCUGGCGAGGUAAUCGUCGACGCAUUGCCGUACAUCGAUCAAGGAUACGAUGAACCUGGUGUGCGAGAAGCGGCAUUGGCGAUGGUCGAAGAGGAAACGCGACGUUACAGGCCGACAAAGAAUUACUUGGAGCAUCUGAACCCUAUGAGCAUAACGUUCGAGACAGCGGUGCUGAAACAUGAGUUCGAAAGGAUGCACAGUCGUCUACCGAUGGAGGUACUCAGUAUGAAACGCUACGAGCUGCCGCCACCUCCGUCCGGCAAGAUGAAUGACUUGGCCGCGUGGAAUGAAAGUGUAGAGAACAGUAGCGCUCAGUUGGAGCAUCAAGCUACCAGAAUCUGCAAUCUGGAACUGAUGAUGGAGUACGGAUGCGAAGCUUGGAAGUCUUACCUGAACGUGCUGGUGCAGUUACUCGGCCAGGCUCAGAAGCAGCUGCAGAUGCUGCGCAAGAAAAUACAGGAGGUGAAUUGGCAAAGGAAGUCGAUGCAGACCCAAGGAGGCGACAAACUGAGGGCCCUCGAGGCCCAAUGGGUCGGUUUGGUGUCGAAGAAUUACGAGAUCGAACAGGCGUGCGUGCACUUGGAGGAGGAGAUACAGAAGGUGAUGAUGAACAAGGAGGCGGUCGAAAUCAGCGACGUGCCAGCGGACGAAGGGCCGGACAUGCCCGGGAAAAGUGCUACGGAAACGAUGGCGCUGCAGAUGCAGCAGCAGGAGGAGCAAGAGCAACGGGAUCUCUUGCUGAACUUUUGAAGUUCGUUAUCUCGUCGAGUGACGAUCGAGUGACCACGAGUGAAUGUGUU